AUGUCGGCCACCUCUCGCCCCUUCUCCUCUGCGUUCCCCAAUGAAAUCUACGCGCUCAUCGUCGCUGCUGCCAGCAGCAGCCAGGUGCAGGAUCUUACGUGGCUCUGGACCUCUUGUCGACGCGUCUCUCGCGAUUUCAAAGCGUUGACAGAGAGUUUUUGUCGAGAGAGGCAUCUCCCCAAGACGAGUCUUCACACCAGUGCCGGCAUGCGUUAUACCAAGACAACAGGAAAAGUACUCUUCAACGCAGAUUUUGUAUACAAGGAGCUUGAUCCUUCUGAUCCUAACGUUGCCAUAUUCACUACGGAGUGUGCCCCCGAGCACAAGGAGAUGAUGAAGAACGUGAUGCUGGAACAUCUCGCCAUGCGUACGCGAUGGGAGGGCAAGUGGGACAUCGUCAUCAGGCACCACGUCAACGAUGUCGAGGUGCCCGGGCUCAAAGUCGACUGGGACAACCUCGAGAUGAGGUUGGACUGGACAGUUCUCUUUUCCCAAUUUUGGUACGAAGAGCUGGAGAUCCAGAGAAGGCAGCAGCUCAAGGCGGAGGGCCGAAAGGCCCAAGUCUUGGAAUGGCGCAGACAAAUCGAAACCGGCGAAAUGUCCGAAAUGGAGGCGUUCGAGAUGCUGUUCACAACCUUCAACGGUAUCGCGCGGGGAACCGUAGACGACGUUCGGAAAGAUAGGCUGAUCAGGCGGUGGGUGCGACAGGGCAAGGUGGAGGGCGUAGCGCACCCAGAGCGCUUGAUCGAUCGCCAGGAUAGGGAAGAGAUGGCGAUGGGGGCGCGAAGGCUCCAGGAUCGGAGGGUGGUCAUAAGCAUGGACGCCUGCAACAGCGACGACGAGGCCGAGGAGGAACCUGAAGAGGAAUCAUACACUGAGGGUGACCAAGACGAGGACGACGAGGACGAGGAUGACUAUGAGUCUGACGAGGAUGAAUGUUCUUGCGGCUCUGGCGAAGACGAAAACGAAGCAGUGUCCGGUGCCAAGGAUGCCCAGCCCGCCCAGCCGGUCCUGCAGGCAGCGGCCUGAAGCCUCGAUACCGCUGUCCGAUCGGCCUUUACUUCCCCUCGUUUGGUCACGACCUAUGCCCUAGUGCGCUGGCGCAAUCUGUUCGAUGGUUCGCCUAGAACAACUAUUGCGGUUGUAAGGCUGCUCCCUUAUUUCUUCUCGAAUCCACUCGUUCUCUACUUUCACUCUCCUUAGCCCUCUGGAAAUGCCAACGAUGGU